AUGGAGAGCAAAGAAGGGAGGUACCUAUUACUCGGUGACUUCAACGAGUGGAGGGUUCCUGAAGAGAGCGACUUCUAUUCCAAGUGGAGUGAGGAGAAACAGUUUCAUGUGGGAGACAAUCUUCUUUUCUACUACAACGACCAAGUCGAUGACGUCCUAGAAAUCAGCAGUGAUCUUGAGUUCAAAUCUUGCGACACUACUUCUCCUGUUGCCGUGCACAAUGAUGGACAAGAUCUUAUAAGACUAACAAAACCAGGAAUCCGCUAUUUUAUUACCUCAAAGAUUGGUCAUUGUGAGGCUGGGCUUAAGCUUCGAGUUGUGGUGCGACCACUAUCCAAAAGUGUUCCGAAGAAGAUGCAAUUGUCACCUUUCGACCGCCUCAUCAAGUGGCUACAUGAGUCCUUCAGACCUCACCCCCAUCACUAA